AUGCUGUUGCUAAGGGAGACGCUAAUGUCGGAAGUGAAUUCCACAGCUGCUGUUGUUUUGACAGAAAAUAGGAUUCUCCCUGUUUUUGGAACAACCAACAACGACAGGGUCGACUCCAUUCUAAGAGCUCCAAUGAGUCGUAGUAGGAACCCACCAGCUCGUGGACAAGGGGCAGCUCGAGCUAAACAGAUGGGGUUGUUACUUGAUCUAAACCCUGAUGGAGGAAUGGAUGAUGGAGAAAACGAUGAAGAUCUGGAGGCAGAGCUGAUGAAUCUGGUUGGUUCAGGUGGAGGCAGAUCUCAACCCAAGAAAGCUGAUGGAAGAACUCCCGUUGCAAUGGCUGAAAUAGAGCGAAUGGCAGCUCUUUGCAUGAAAGAUGUAGAUGACGACGAUGUAGGAGAUGAAGAUUUGGAGGAUGAAGAUCUGUUGGCAGAGUUAAAUGAGGUUUUAGAGGACAGUGAAGAGGAAAUCUCAGCUCCCACACCUCCUGCCUCUGCCCCACCAACUUCAAGAGUCUCUGUCACGUCUCAUCCACCGGCUGCAGCCCCCAGUGGGGCAUCAGGAGUGGAGUCCAAGUUAAUGGAACGUAUUCAAAUGUACAAUACAGCCAUAUCAAAUGCUAAAGCUGCUGGAGAAAGUAGCAAAGUGAGACGAUAUGAACGUGGAUUAAAGAGCUUGCAGUCCAUGUUAACAUCUGCAAAGAAAGGAAAGCCAAUCAAUGAGGAAGAGAUGCCGCCUCCAGUUGCUUUGGGAGGAAAGCCUAGUACUGCACCAGAAGUUGUUCCUGUCACACCCCAGGAAGUACCUCAUCCUGUAGACCGGUCGCCUUCACCAUGCAAUCAAAAACCUUCUAGAGAUGCUCCACCACCUGUUUACAAUGCCAAACCUCAUCUAGCCCCUCCUCAGAAUACUGCUGCUCUGGCUAUCACCCCUGACACCCCUGCGAUGUCUCCACUCACUCCAAGUCGACCUGAUGCACAAGACUCAGAAUUGAAGCAGGCAGUGUUGUCCAGGCAAAGGGAAUACAAGUUGGCUGCCCUCGAUGCCAAACAGCACAAUGACAUUAACUUGGCCAAGACACUCUACAUUGUUGCAAAGAAAAUGGAUGCGAUGCUGGAAGCACUGGACAAAAACGAGCCGUUUGACAUGAGCUUGCUGCCUCCUCCACCCAGUGAUGCUGGAGAUGCCAUUACCUCUUCUAAAACUGCUACGGCAGCUACUGCUCCUCCUGCUGCUCCUCCUGCUGCUCCUCCUGCUGCUCCUCCUGCUGCUGCUCCUGCUGCUGCUGGUGCUACUGCUGCUGUUUCCGCUCACAUAAACCCAGCUAGCCUUCCUGCGCCCAAGACAGUAGCUGAAGCAUUGCAACAAAGAAUGGAGAUAUACAAGUCUGCAGCAGAGGGAGCCAAGAGCAAAGGAGAUGAUCGCAAGGCUCGCAUGCACCAGCGCAUUGUCAAGCAAUACCAAGAUUCAAUCAAAGCUCAAAAAGCAGGACGACCUGUGACCUUAUCAGAUCUCCCUAUGCCACCAGGCUGUCCACCACUUCAAGGAACAGAGGGAGGUGAGCAGAACUUCAGGGGAGUCCUUGAAACAGCAAUGAAAAUAGCAAAUCAGGACGUUGAUGGAGACGAUGAUGAUGAUGAUGAUAAGGGAAGUCAUAAAGGAACUACAACGUCUGCAGUGUCAGCACAGAAAGCAAAAUCCCCAGCUCCUCAAGCUGCCCUUAAACUUGCACCUAAAGCCCAACAGCAAUUGGAUUUCCUGUUGCUACGGCGACAGGCUUUUGUACGGGCAGCUCUGCGGUCAAAACAGAUGAAGGAUAUGACAGGAGCAGCACAACAUCUCAGACAUGCAAAAGGAGUUGACCCCAUGAUUGAAGCAGCCAAGUCGGGACUUCCUGUUGAUAUCAGAAAGGUUCCAAUGGCCCCAAUAAAUGAGGAGGAUUUCUCUCUGGCACGUUCCCGUUCUUCAUCAUCAAUGUCACCACGCUCCAGUGAACAGUACCGCGCUCUGAUGGAUCUUCUCAAAAAACAGCAUGAUAAAUGUCUAAGUCUCUGUCAACAGUUCACUGAGCACGGAAACAUAGCUGAAGCCUUAAAGUUUGACAAGCUGAUGGGGGAGUGCAUGAAGAGCAUCGAGAUCCUGAAAAAUGCCUACACCAAAGGACAACCAGUUCCUAAGUGCCGCACCGAGGAGAGGACUUUCAACACUGUGAAAGUCUAUGCCAAUCUAACACCAAAUGAAAUGAUUCUAUACAUCAUCAAAGGCGUCAACCUGCCAGUACCUCCAGGCGUCUCACCUAACGAUCUCGAUGCAAGUGUGAAGUUUGAGUUCCCCUUCCCCAGUGCAGAAGAAGCCCAAAGUGACAAGACCGGCACAGUGAAAGGCAGCAACAACCCAGAGUUUAAAGAGCAGUUCAAACUCAACAUCAUUCGCUCACAUCGAGCCUUCAAACGGGUUAUCCAGUCCAAGGGAAUCAAAUUUGAGAUCAUCCACAAAGGAGGUCUCUUCAAAAGUGACAGAGUUGUGGGCAAUGCUCAACUGAAACUGGAGGCGCUGGAAAACAGCUGUGACUUUAGAGAAUUCGUUGAGGUUCUGGAUGGUCGUAAAGCCACUGGUGGAAAGCUGGAGGUGAGAGUGAAGAUCCGAGAGCCGGUGUCCGGGGCUCAUCUGCAGCCGGUCACCGAGAAGUGGCUGGUCGUGGAUCCUGCGCCUGCUCUGUCGCCUCCCGAGAGACAAAAGGAAAGGGCGCCAUCUCCUCGAUCCAAGCACAGAAACGAAUCAGUGCAGUCAUCAAGCAGUAGCAGAAGUAGCAGCUCUCCACCUCAGUACAAACUCCACAGCUUCAGCCUCCUCAACUUUGACAAGGAGCGGCUUGAGAGAAAGUUAGCAGAAUAUCGUAAAAACCACCGGGAUCCUCCGCCAGACCUUAUCCAGCAGUACAAGGACGUCACAAAUAGACUACAGUGGCAGAAAGCUCAACUAGAGCGGGCUUCACCUGCUUUGCUGAAUGAAUAUGAAAAUGUGCUGAAACGAUUUGCGCAUGGACUCUCCGAUUCAAUAAAGAAAUACUCCAGCCAAGGAAAUCGAGAUGCGGCAAAAGAUGCUCUUGGAAGACUGAAGAUGGUAGAACAUGAGCUUGAAUCACUCCAACGGAAACGCACUGGAUAA